GUGAAUUUUUUCUCGUGUUUGUUUUUUUGGAUUUUAGUGGAUUAUAAACUGUAUGUUUUUAAUUAAGUGUAUUCCAAGAUGUUGCCGCCCUCGUCUAUGGUCCCUUUCGCGUGUUUGCUGUCUAUGAUACGGCCGCCGGGAAUCGAAUUCGAGAAUUCGCUACUUCAGAUCCUGCCCGUCGACAAAGUCAAGUGUCCUUAUGUGAAGAAUGACAACGAUAUUGGAUUCUGGUUAUACACAAGAAAGAACCCGACAACCUACGAGGAACUGUACAUCAACGACGACGAGCGUCUGGCGGCGUCGCACAUCGACUUCAAUGAUCGCACCGUGGUCUACUUCCACGCCUUCCUGGAGAACCCCGAGGCGGGCAGCGGACUCAUGAUCAGAGAGGCCUACAUGCUCCGUGGAGACACGAACGUCAUCAUGGUGGACGCCCAACGGCUGGAGGCGGGCCCCUGGUACUUCACCGCGGCCGAGAACACCUGGUAUAUAGGACAACUGGCCGCGCAGUUUGUGGACUAUCUGGUUUCUAGGUGAGUUUAAAAUAAAU